AUGUUUGGACGAGUUCCGUCAACGGAUUGCAAUCAUUCUAGUACCGGGAUAUGUCCAAAGUAAGCGAAAUAUAAAUAAGUGUUUUUAAAUAGCAAUGGGGCAGUAAUUUUGAGUUUGCACGGUGCAGGAUAAAAUUUGAAAAAAUUGCACCGUGCAAAAAUAGAAAAUACCAAUGUAGUUGUUUAAAAAAUAAAAUUUGUCAAAUUUAUAAUGGAUUCACUUUGAGUGGUAUGUCUACUUUAUAAUUUUAAAAUUUUACAAAAUUCUGUUAUGCCAAAACAUUUUUAUGCUUAAAAUUAUAUGACCUUAUCUUCAGAUGUAAUCUCGAGCGAACCUAUAACCUGAACUCGCCCUCAAAACCGCUGUCAAUCAAAAAUGAUCGGUUUAUCGUGACGAAUCAUUCUGAAAGUCCUAAAGCGACACCAAUCCUCGAUGUAUUUGAUUUACAUUCCACGUCGGGCAGCUUCAACGGGCAUAACACAUAUCUACCUGACUUCAAGGAGGAUGAAAGGGUAAUUUUUAGAUUUUUUGUUUUGUUUUUAGGUAUAAUGGAAACGUGAAGGACGGUUAAAGGUUUUAAUGGUCUGCGAGUUGUUUUGGGCUUUCUAUGUUGAGAUAGGGCACUUUUGGUGGGUUAAGGUACAGUGGGAUGGAGGGGCAACACAAGGUUUAAAUGAUAAGUAAAAGUUUUUUGAGAUUGUAAUGAAGCUGUAGAUUAGUUAAAAAGGUACUAAAAUAUGUUGGAAAUUAUAAAAAAUUUAAAUUUUUCUAAAAUUUGCAUAAAUUUAGGGAGAUAAUAUAAUUUUUUGUUUAGAACACAGUUUUUGAUAGAUUUAAAUGGACAGCUAGUCUAGAAGGCUCUAAAAUAAAUUAUUUGACAUUUUAAAUUAAUUUUGUGGUUGUAAAAUACUUUAAAAGUUAUGAAAAACAUCAAAGUGUAAUGCAAUCAAUCAAAGUUGCUUGAAUUUAAUGUAAAACUAGAAGUUUAUGAUAAUUUUAUGGAUUUUAAAGUUUGAAAUUAACCAAAAGCCUCUUGCAACAAGCAGUAGUAACAUUUCCACGUCGUGUUUUAUUAAAAGCUGACUAAUUUCGCUUUUCCUCUUAUCAAAUACACAAAUCAAAGAGAAGAUUUGUCUGGAACUCGCUGAAGGAAUUUCGAAUAUUUUUUCGAUUUUAAUAAAAGUUUUUGCAACUUCAACCCGGUUUUUAUAUGAUUUUUGAUUCAUUUUGUUGUUACUCGUGUUGUAAAUUGGUUGAUUUUGGUAAAAUUUUUUGGUUUUUUGGGGGAAAAUGAAGUUUUUAAUGAUAUUCUGAUCUUUAAAAAUGAUUUUUUGGGUGUUUUUAUUGAAAAACAAUGUUUUUUGUAGAAAAAACGCUCAAAUAAGAUAAACGUAUUUUACAAUAUUAAAAAUCAUCAAAUUUCAGUCAGAUCAACACCGAAGAUACUCACAAAGCUCGGAAGUAGGAGCUAAAAGCAUAUCCACGUCGCGGAAUCAAUCGACCACGACCACCGAGCCGGAACAAGCCUUUAUGCCGUCGGAAGGGCUGGAUGGGACCAUCGAAGAGCAGGUGGAAGCUGCUGCCAAGAUAAGUGAAUAUCAAGUUAGAAACGGGACUAACAGUACCAAACACAAUGGUACUUCAACUGAGUUCGAAGAUGGGGGCAGGAAUGGUGCUGGUGGAACUAAAAAUAAGAAUGGUACUAAGAAUGUGAGUGGUAUUCAUAAUUUGAGACGUGGAUCUGGUGCACAAGAAGGAUUUGGUGCUGGAACUUCAGAUUUUACUAAAAAUGAUAACGGUACCAAACAAGAAAGUAGUUCUGGAAAUGAAAGCCGGGCCAAAAAUCAAACUGGUCCUAAAAAAUCAACUGGCACUGAGUAUUCAAGUAGUACCAAAAACUCAACAAGGACCCAAAAUGCCACUGAAAACUCAACCAGCACUAACAAAAUCAACCUCUUGGCUACGACAAUAAGCGACGGUCAUUCAAACAUUUCCAGCUUCACUUAUAGUACCGCAACCGAACGCAAAACUAGUCUUAAUGGUACCGAUGGUCAUUUAGUAGCAACUGAUCCCGAAGAAAUCUUAAUAUCCGACGUGAAAGCCUUCAAACAACUUCGAAUCAACACUGACGAUGCGGUUUUCAUUCAGAAUUCCACGAUACAACAACAUACUGAACUGGUGCAGAAGGUGCGAAAAGAUAGUAUGGAAAAGAGAGACGGGCAGAGAAAAGCUUCUGUCCAAUCUCAGAGGGAACAGAAUGGACAGAAGGCUGAAGAGAGGAAUGAAAGCAUAGAAGAGAAUGAGGAUGGAAUUCAGUUUGGUACCAAAAUCUUAAGACAAAGUAGUACCAAUGGCUCCGAGAGUGGUGUGGGAACGAUGGAAAGUGGCACGGCCAAUGUUGAGGGCGAUGAAGAGGACGAAACGUACACAUCGUUCGAAGAGCUACAAAAACAACGUGGAAAUGGGGUGGAUUCGGGAUUGGUAAGGAUUUUGUUACGUAAAUUUGAAAAGUUUUUAAAAUUUUACUUUAAGUUUGAAAAAUGGAAGUUUUGUUACCUAAAUUCAAUCAAAUUCUGGUUUUCUGAUGAGGAUUUGAAAAGUAGGAGGUUUUAUUACUAAACAUUAAAAAAAUGGUUAAAAAUUAUUUAAAUUUUGAUAACAAGAUAUUUUUAAUCUAAAACAAUAUUUUCAAAACUCUUCAACCACGUAACUUCAAAAACUGUAUAACAUUGUUUUAAUUAUGUAGUUUUUUUGCGAAAAUCUUUUUAUGGCCAUUAUUAUUCAUUUUGUUUGAAAGAAACCCCUUUUCAACACAUGAUAUUCGAUUUUAUUCUCCUCUGAUGACCAUGUUUCAGGAAGAGAAUAGCAAGAAUUUACCUUCAAGUUUGAUUCGUCUAUUCGAAUCAACCUACUUCAACAUGGAAAUUGCACUGCAAUACUUGUACAAGAACGACAAUAUUGAUGUUGUUAUGUAUUUGGGUAAGGUUUUUCUUUUUUUCUUGGUUUUUAGGUAGUAUCAUUGUUGAUUAAGGUGUUUGUGGAGAGAAAGGUUAAAUUCUGGCUGUUUUACUCUUUUAAACACUGAUUGAUUUACAUUCUUUAAAAUGGCCCUAUAACCUGCAACAACAUCAUUUCAGGCAGAAUUCUGCACCGCUUCCCUCCAGCCGAGGUCGAUUUCUUCAUCCCACAGCUAAUCGCCAUGUAUAUCAACAUGAAUCACGUCGCGUCGGCCAUUCACAACUACAUGAUCGAACGUUGCAGAUCUUCAAUGGAGUUUUCUCUAGAAUGCUUUUGGCUUUUGGAUGCGUAUGGUGUAGAACAAUUUAAAACACACCAUAAGAAGGCGCAAGGCUUCUUCUUGAGAGAGACGAUUCUAAAUGAAUAUAUGAAAAGCCAUCAGAUUCAGAAGAAUCUAAAGACGCCGGCAGCCUCGGCCGCUCUUCAUCAUCGGUCGCAGUCGGAUGCGAGUAGGUUUUUUGAGUUAAAGAGGUGCUUGAUUUAAUAUAUGGACUUCUAUUUUGGUUUUAUGGCUAAAAUAGGGCUUGUUAAUUGGUUUUUAAAGAUAUUAGAAUCGCAGCUUGGUGAAAAAGGUAGUAGAGUAAUGUUUUUUGUCAGAUUAUUAUAGGUUUUUUGAAAUUUUUUAAUGCUGAAGGGUUAUAUAAAAACUGAUUUUAGGGUUAUCAGAAGAACCAUCACCAGUUUUGAUAGAAGAACCUCAAUUCUUUGAUCAAACUGAAGACGGAUGCCAUAUGAGGAGGACGGAGAGCACACGAAGCGUCAGAAGCAUGUAUCAAGGCUCAGCGAUGGCGGAUUUGAGCAGUGGUAGGGUUUGAAACUUAAAAUUUUUAUUUUUUUUAUUUUCAGGUUAUUUUUUAAAUUUUUUAAGGAUUUUGGUUAUUUUUUAAAUAUUUUAGGGUUGUAAAAGCUUUGCCAUAUUUUUUGGUUUUAAAAGUUUUUUUUAUUUUUGAUGUUUUCUUUUAGGUCGAGCGUUUGAUAACAAAUGUAGGUGUAUAUUCAAUUCGAGCGCUUCCAUAUCGAAUAUCACUUGUUCUUGCGGGGUAAGUUUAUAAAUGGAAUGGUUUAAUGUUAGGAUUACGCAUGGUAGGGUAGGCAAUGAGUACUAUACAGUAGGGAUAGGGUAGGGAAGGGCAGAAUUUAGCAGCGAAGUGUAUGUUGGAGAAGAGUAUGAUAGGAUAGGUUAGGGUUGGGUAGGGUAGGAGAGUAUACUAUUGACUUCGUAAAGCUCAACUUAAAAAUUAUUAAAUAAACAUUUUAUGACAUCCUCAAUUUCAGGCCGAUCAAAAAACCCGUCCAGAGCUGGCGUUUGUCGAUUCCCUGAUCGCUAUUGGCAACCGGCUGAAGGACAUUCCGAUAAAAGAAGACAAAUCGAAACGACUAGUAUACGAACUUUUCCUCCUGAAUCUAAACCUACCAGCCAAAGUAUGGCUACCUAUAUAUGACACUCAACAUGUCAUGGUACGAAUACCGUACGCAGAGGGGUGUGUCUUGAACAGUAAAGACAAAGCACCGUACUGUAUUUACUGCGAGGUGGUCGAGGUGGACAACUUCGAAACGGCAAGGCUACCCGAGAAGAAGGUGGAGCUGGAGGGGGAGGUAAGGGGUAGAUUUUAAAAAUUUUUGAGUUAAAUUUUUUUGAAAUUUGAAGUUUUGAAAAAUGAAAAAAAAUUUGAAAUUUAAAAUUUUUAAAAAUUGAAAAAAUUAAAUUUUAUGCCAUUCUUUAUUAAACAAAACCCAAAAUUUUAGUUCCACAAGACAAUGCGUUCGAAUUCGUCAAGCUCCAUGUACAAUAUCGGCUCUCCGAACAAUGCUCACUUGGCUAACACUUUUGCUUUACCAACUCUAAGUCCAGUGGAAGAAGCGGCCUGUGCUCGAGCCGAAAAACCAGUCGAUGCACUUAACAUCCAAUCACCAGUUGUUCAGAUGGUCGCACCUACGAUAACAGAGCCGGAACCUAGUCGUGAUGAUGAUGUGGUGGGUUGAAAUGGCAUUUUAUUUUUUUAAAGUUUGAGCUAAAGUUUCGAAAAAAGUUAUUUUUAAAAUUUUAAAUUAAAAAAAAAGUCUUUGCACGGUGCAAAAAAAUUAAAAUUUUAAAAAUUUGUAAAAUACGGUCUCCUAUUUUUGUGUUUUUUAUAGCUUAAUGAAGAAUGUUUUAGCUAACGCAAUUUGACCGAAUCAUCGACGAAACCUUAUCAGUGGCGGACUCGGACGACUUGUCCUCACAAUGGUCGGCCGACGCCGAAUUUCGCGAAGAACCCCAGUCGAAAUUCGAAAAAAUACGAAAUCGACUGGCAGCACUCAAGAGGAGGCGACGUCAGAGGGUAGGGUUUAUUAAAAAUUUUGGAAUUUUGUAUUUUUGUCGUAUGUUAACGAUGUCUACACUAUGAUGCUUUAACUUGAUUUAACUUAUAUUCAUGUAUUCUGCCCUAGUUUUACCUUGUCCUGUCUACUCUACCUUAUCAUACUUUACUUUACCUUAAUCUACCUUACUAUACUCUGCCAUCAGGGACGUCGCUACGGUUUUUUCUCUGGGGGGGAGGCCCAAAAAAAUUUUUUUGGUCCACAGGUACCUGUGGACCGAUUUUUCGAAAAUUUUUUUUUGUUUUUUUACGUACAGGUACCACCUACCUGUGGAUUUUUUUUCGGAUCGGCUCUGGGGGGGGAGGGGAGUCACCCCGAACCACCCCCCCCAAACGACGUCCCUGUCUGCCAUACUACUCCAGUCUGCCUUAUUCUAAUCUACCUAUCUCACUCUACUUCACUUUAUUAUAUUACACUCUACUUCAGCUUACCUAACUUAAUCUUAUUCAUUUUUAAGAUAGCCCACAGCCCAGAUGACCCGUCCGCCUCGGCAAUGAGCGAACCAUGGGAAGAGAAACAAGCUCGGAUACGACAAUCUUCACCAUACGGAGAGUUGGAAGGCUGGAAGCUAGUACCGGUAAUCAUAAAAACGGGAGAUGAUUUGAGACAAGAGUUGUUGGCUUAUCAACUAUUGACCACUUUACAGGUAUGGACAGUUUUUUGGAUCUUUGAAUAGAGUAAAUUAGAAUAAGGUAUAGUAUGGUAUAGUGGAGUAGGACAUAGAAGGAUAGGAUAUGGUUGAUUAGGUUAGAAUAUGGUAGAGUAGAAUAGGGUAGAGCAUGGUAGAGUGGGGUAUAGUAGAGUAUGGUAUAAUAGUGUAUGGUAGAGUCAGCUACAGUGGGACAGAGUAGGGUAGAGUAUUGUAGUGCAGUAUAAGGUAGGAUAGAUUAAGGUUGGGCAAGUUUUGAAGUUGUAUAACUUUUAAAAAUUUUACAUUUCAGAACAUUUGGCGCGACGAAAACGUCCCUCUCUACCUACGACCCUACAAAAUCCUGGUCUGUUCAUCAGACUCAGGCAUGAUCGAGCCAAUCCCAAACGCUUGCUCUCUACAUCAAAUCAAAAAGAACCUGUCAUCAAAACCGUCGUUAGACGACGCUGCUCAACCCUACUCACCAACCCUACUAUCUCACUUUCUGAUCAACUACGGGUCCAGAUUAAGCGAGAGUUUCCAACAAGCACAACAGAACUUUGUCAAGAGCUGUGCCGCUUAUUCGCUGGCUUGCUACUUUUUACAGGUAAGGGUGAGGGGGGGGGGAGUGUUUUGAGAUAAUAUUUUUUUUGGAAUUUGAAAAAAAAAUUUAAAAUUUGAAAAAAAUAUGAAAAAGUUUUUAGGUAACAAGAUUUUAAAAUUGAAGAUAAAUUUCAAAUCAACGCUAAACUCUAAUUUUCCGUAUUUUAGGUAAAAGACCGUCACAAUGGCAACAUCCUGCUGGAUUCGGAAGGCCACUUGAUUCACAUUGAUUUUGGUUACAUCCUGUCGAUUUCUCCCAAAAACCUCGGUUUCGAGACGUCACCAUUCAAGCUGACCCAAGAACUGAUCGACGUGAUGGGAGGACCGAACUCGGACAUGUUCGCGGUCUACAAACAGCUGAUCUUCAAUGGGAUGGUGGCGGCGAGGAAACACUCGGAGCGAAUCAUCAACAUUGUCGAGGUCAUGAGCUCUGGUGGGUUUUUGGAGAUUUGAAAUGAAAAAAAUUUUUAAGUGAAAGGUUGUUAAAAGGUGUAAUAUUAGAGCAUUCAAAUAAUUCUGUGUUUUUUCACUCUUAAAAAUUGCUUUAGAAGGGUAAAACUUUAUAUUGUUAUAGGUUCCCAACUGCCCUGCUUCCGAGGCGGGCCCAACGUGCUACGGCUCUUGCGUGAACGAUUUCACUUGGGCUACACGGAACAACAACUCCGCCAGAUGGUGAAUCAGCUGGUCGAACAGUCGAGGGACUCGCUCACAACCAGGUUAUACGACAACUUUCAAUAUUACACUAACGGCAUCUUCUAA